GUACCCAGGUUUUGCAUACACAAAGUAAGCUGGCUGAGAAAAAUGGACAAAGGAAAGAAUAAGUGGGCUGUUUUAGUAGGCUGCAACUAUCCAAACACAAAAUAUACAUUGCAUGGAUGCAUUAAUGAUGUUCAAGCGAUGAGAGAUUUGCUCGUUAAGAAGUUUGGAUUUGAUCCAAAAAACAUUAACCUUUUGACCGAUAAACCAGGCAGUUUCAUCUUGCCCACAGGUGCCAACAUCAUGAAGGCACUUAAUCGAAUGGUUGAUCAGGCUCAAUCUGGUGAUGUCCUAUAUUUUCACUAUAGUGGCCAUGGAACACUUGUUGACAAGCCAUUCCUUCCAUUCUCCAAAGAAGAGGCAAUUGUUCCUAUUGACUUCAAUCUGAUCACAAAUGUGGACUUUAGACAUCUGGUGAAUAAGUUGCCAAAAGGAGUAACUUUCACUGUCCUUUCUGAUUCUUGCCACAGUGGAGGCCUCAUUGACAAAGAAAAGGAACAAAUUGGACCUUCCAAUAAUCAUCUACACGGGGAUUCUUCUAUUUCCUGCAGCAAGCCUAAGGCCAUACCUUAUGAAUCUGUACUGACACAUCUCUCAUCUUUGUCAAACAUAAACACCACUGAUAUUGGAACUCAUUUGUUGGAAGUCUUUGGAGCAGAUGCAAGUCUUAGGUUCCGCUUACCUCAUGUCGAGCUAGAGUUCUAUAAGGCACUGAAGCAGGAUGAAGGAAUUCUGCUUAGUGGAUGCCAAGCAGAUGAAACUUCAGCUGACGUAAUUUCUGAGAAGGGGGAGGCCUUUGGAGCAUUUAGUAAUGCAGUUCAACAAGUUUUUAAGGAGCAUUCAGGACCUCUGACCAACACAGAGGUGGUUUCCAUGGCCAGAAAGAUUUUAGCUAACCAACAGUUUGAGCAACAUCCAUGUCUUUAUUGCAGUGAUGAAAAUGCAGCGGCUACUUUCUUAUCCCAAUCUGCAACUGCUGCAAGCUCAAGUAACUGAGUGACCGUCUGUUUUUUGUUCUCAGCUUGUCUCCGGACAAUGAAAGAAGACAUGUAUUACAAAUAAAUUGCUUCAUCCUUGUACCAAUUUGACUUGUGCUUUUGCAAGUUUCUAGUGGAAGACCAUAAAAGAAUUCUGACUAAAAGGAGGCUUACAGUAACAAAAAGUCGAUUCCACUAUACUAGAUAAUAUUAUAGUUGAAACUGACAAUCUUUUUCAUACCAA